CCGGAAGCAGCGGCGGUCGGCGGCGCCGGCUCGGAGUGGAGCGUCGGCGGCGAGCGCCCUGGGGUGGGGGAACCCCGCGAUGGAUCCCGACGCGACGGUUCCGCGGCGGAGUUCGUUGCUGCUGCCGGCGCUGCUGCUGGGGCCGCUGCUGUGGUCGGGGCUGGCUCUGGGCACGCUCGCCGUGGACGGCAGCCCCCGCAGGGUCCUGUACGACCUCCUGUCGGAGCAGCAGUUGCUGGAAGUGGAGGACUUGUCUCUGACCCUGCUGCGGGGAGGAAGACUAGGGCCGCAGUCCCUGCCCCCGGACCUGCCGGAUCUGGAUCCCGAGUGCCGGGACCUGCUGCUGGACUUCGCCAACAGCAGCGCAGAGCUGACGGGGUGUCUGGUGCGCGGCGCCCGGCCGGUGCGCCUCUGCCAGACCUGCUACCCCCUCUUCCAACAGGUCGCCAGCAAGAUGGACAACAUCAGCCGAGCCGUGGGGAAUACUUCAGAGAGUCACAGUUGUGCCAGAAGUCUCUUAAUGGCAGAUAGAAUGCAAAUAGUUGUGAUUCUGUCUGAGUUCUUUAAUUCCACAUGGCAGAAGGCAAAUUGUGCAAAUUGUUUAUCGAACAAAAGUGAAGAAUUAUCAAUUAGCACGUUAAACUUCUUCAAUCAAUUUAAUAACACCUUGACCUGCUUUGAGCAUAACCUUCAGGAGAGCAUACACAGUCUUCUGCAGUUAAGAAAUUAUUCAGAAGUAUGCAAAAACUGUCGCAAUGCAUACAAAACUCUGAGUAGUAUGUACAGUGAAAUGCAAAAAAGGAAUGAACAUGAGAAUAAGGCUGAACCUGGAACACAUUUAUGCAUUGAUGUGGAAGAUGCAAUGAACAUUACUCGGAAACUUUGGAGUCGAACUUUCAAUUGUUCGGUCCCUUGCAGCGAUACUGUGCCUGUAAUCGCUGUUUCUGUGUUCAUCCUUUUUCUCCCUGUGGUCUUCUACCUUAGUAGCUUUCUUCAUUCAGAACAAAAGAAACGAAAACUCAUUCUCCCCAAACGUCUCAAGUCCAGUACCAGCUUUGCAAACUUUCAAGAAAAUUUAAACUGAAACCUACAAAAUGGAGAUUUAACAUCAUAUCCCAUGGAUGAAUGGUGAAAGAUACAGCUUGGUCCAAAAGAAGAUAAAGUUCAUAAGAAAUUCAAGGACUUCCGAUUUAUUUUUAAAAAUAAGAAUUUUCGAUUUUUCUUUCCUUUUCCACCCCCUUUUUAAGGUUUUGGGUAUUUUUAAUUUACAGGCAUAGCAGUGUUGUCUAUUUUAAAGUGUAUUUAUUAUAAUAACAAAAGAUGCAAGGACAAUCUUUGUUUUAUUUUGUAGGCAUAUUACUAUUCGAGACUUCUGGUAUCUUAUUAACAAUAUCUCAAGUAGCAAAGUUUUUGAAAACCAACAUUUAAAAAUUAAUCAGUUAUAGCAAAGACUUUGAAAAAGAAAAUAUACUUGCCAAAAAGUAGCAGAUCCAAAGAUUAAUUUACAUUACCAUGGCAGUAUUAUUGUUACAUAUAUAUUAAAUAUGUCAUACGUUACAAAUAAUAAGUAAUUCAUUCUCUAGUUUUCUUAAAGUCAUUUUUGAAACCACUAAUUAUAGACCUCCCUAAUAAUUUUUAAAAGUGGGAAGACCCAUUACAUUUAUCUUUGUAAAAAGAUUUAUGGUAACUGGUUUCUUACUUGACUUUUUUAAUACUAUUUUACACCUUAUUUUUGCCUUUAUUUCAUAAGUAAUUUGAAAUCAUUGGACUGCUUUAUUAUAUUCAGGGCAAGAUGGAUUCUUUUUAUACCAGGGAUUUUGCAUUGUGAAUUACAUUAAGUUAUUUGACAAUUUAUAAUUUAUUACUACUUUAAGUCAAAUGUAGCAUUAUCACACUGUAUUUAAAUUGUGACUUUUUAAUGGAGAUUUUCUUAGAAUAUAUGGGGAUUUUUGGAAGGGAGAUACAGGAGGAGUAAAAAGAAGCUUAAGAUUCAGACAAUAGACAGGGUCCUGAGGGGAUGCUCACAAUAAGACCACUAAAUGGUUUACUAGUAUACUAGGGACAUGAGUCAGAAUGAGCCUUAUAUAGAAAGCAGUUAAGAUGAUGCUUAUUUUUUUCUAAAUUAUUUAAAUCAGAUAAAAAUGAUAUGAUUGUUAUGAAGUCAAAUAUUUCAUUCUCAGAAAACAUUCUAUUUGGAAUGUUUCUAUCUUUUUAAAAAAAGCUUCAUUUCUGAAUUGUUUACAAUUUUUCCCCUCAGGUUUUUAGUGUUAGGUAUUUCAUUUGUUAAUUCCUACUUACUUUCUUGAUGGAAACAGGCUUUGUAUUAAAAUGAGUUUGGUUAAAUGUUACAAGAAUUUUAAUAUCUUCGUGUACUGUAAAAUACUCUGUAGAGAGACAAGAAGGUGUUUUUGUUUUUAAAUGUUUACCAUAUAGGCAGAGUGAAAGAAAAGGCUCAUCCUUGGAUAUGUAACAUAUCCACAAGCUGUAACAGUUUUUCUAGUCUGCUGUGAUCCAUUAAAAAUGUGCUGGGUUUGUUCUGUUGUUACUGUUCCCGCUGCUGAUACUAAUAGCACUAUUAUGAUUUGAAGCAUAUAGUUGAGGGCCAUUGAAAGCAAUCUUUCAUUAAUGCAGAUAAAGCCAGUUUACAUGUGCAAAGGUACAAAAUGGCAGAUUCGAUUCUAUAAGUAGUGACUCUGAGCACUUUUGAAUAUUAUGUAUUUCUAAAAACCAUCGCUUUUGGAAAUGUUUGCUAAUAAGCACUUUAAAAAAGAAAAGGCAGCCUUUACUAUUUUUCUGGUUGAGUCAUUGCUCUUUAGAAGUAGCAUCAGAAAGAGAUGUAUUAAGUAUUAAGUACUAUACUAAAGGGUGUAAAUAUUUCAUUUUUUAGUCAUAUUGAAAAAUUCUUUGCAUAUUCUGAAUUCUUAGACACAGCAUAUGUGUGUACAAGAACAUCUUUAGUUUUUUUUGACACUUUGAAAUAAAGAAAGUAGCUUAUGGAAAUUGCAGUGCCAUAUUUGAUUUUUUAAAAUUCCUUUUUAAAAUUUGAGCUGUAAUUAAACAUCACAUUUCAGUUUUUCAGGUAUUGAGUUUAAAUAUCUACUUUAAAGUACCAUCUGUCUUACAAUUUUGCUGCAAAUAAAAAUGUACUUUUGGA